AUGGAUGAAAACACCUUAAAGUUGCUGGUGAAACUCACUCAGGAGGGACGGCUGAGCUGUCUGGAGAAGCAGAUUAAAUUGCUGGGCUCAUCUGUAAUCAGCGAACACUUCGGGCGGUCAGGAGACACCCUACUGCACUACGCUGCUAGACACGGACAUUUAGACGUCGUGGAAUAUUUUAUAAAGCAGCUUGGCGCUGAUGUGGAAGUGUAUAACAACGAUUAUAAGAGACCGCUGCACGAAGCUGCCUCCAUGGGCCACAAGGAGUGUGUCAGUUAUCUGCUCCGGGAACGAGCCGUGGUGGACAGCUUAAAAAAAGCAGACUGGACUCCUCUCAUGAUGGCGUGCACGCGGAAGAACCUCGAUGUGAUUCAGGAGCUGCUGUCCCAUGGUGCAGACCCAGGUCUGAGAAACAAAGAUGGCUGGAAUUCCUUCCACAUCGCCUGCAGGGAGGGUGAUCCUCUGGUCAUCGAGCACCUGCUUCUUGCAGCACCAGACAUCUGGAGGACUAAGAGCAAAACGGGUAGAACACCACUGCACACAGCAGCAAUGCACGGCUGUGAAGAGGUUGUUAGAAUCUUAUUGGAGAGAUGUGGCUACACCCCAGAUGACACAGACAGCUGUGGAGUCACCCCUUUCAUGGAUGCUGUUAGGAAUGGGCAUGUCUCUGUGGCCAGGCUGCUGUUGGAGAAACACCAGGCAUCUCCUUUAGCAGCUGAUGUGCUCGGGGCUCAGCCUGUGCACCAGGUCGCCGUCACUGGCCACGAGGAGGCCCUGAGAUUUUUGGUGCAGGAACUUGGAGUUGACGUGAACCAGAGAGCCACUGGCAUCCAGCUCACUGCCCUGCACUACGCAGCAAAGGAGGGUCACACGUCUAUGAUAAAAACGCUGCUGGAACUGGGAGCAGAUCUAUUUGUUCAGGACACGAAGGGACGGACUGCUCUUCACAUGGCUUGCAUUGGGCAGCACGCAGAGGCGGUCAGGAUGCUGCUGAUGCUCGGUCUGAAAGACUCAGAGGACGCGUGUGGCACAAGAGCACAGCAACUGGCCAGGAAACCAGCCGUGGUGGAAGCGUUCACAUGUAGCCCGACAGUUUCAUCAUGAGUUCAAACCAACACACUUGAAACUGCUUAUUCACAAUUAGUUUAAGAAAAUCAGCAGUAAUGCUUUUUAUUUAACUUGAAUUGGGUCAGCUUGGUUAGUUUUAAGCAACGCCUCAUGUCCAGGUUUAGAUUGAGUGUGCAAAAAUAAAUUUACUGUUAUCAGAGCAUUUAGUUGAUGGUUGAUACCUUCCAUAAUGCCGGUACAGCUCAUCAGAAACCUGAAACACAAAAUGUAAACAAAUAUUUAUAGGAAGACUGAUAAUUUUAUUUAUUUUGCAGGCUGUCAUCAUGUUGUUUUGUGUUAGUGGACUGUUUCAAAAACUGAAUAAACUUUGGCUAAGA